UCCUUUGUUUCAUUGAGUCUUAAAGACUUGAAGUAAAUUAUCUGAAUUCAAAUAUUAUAAGUGUGUGCCAUCAUUAUUAUCAUAUUGAUCCUUUUAUAUUUUUUUCUGCAGAGGUGUCAUAGUUAACUGCACAUUAUGGGAGAGCUACGGAACAAAGUUUUUGGACUUCUACCACGAUGAAAAAAACAGUGGUGCUAUUGUAAUCAUACUAACUCAUGCAAUGAUAAAGGAAUCACAAGUUUCAAAUGGAUGGAGUGGAUCUAAAUUGCUUAUUAACGAAGACAUUCCAGAGAUAACCGAGUAUUUAUCAAAGUUACCUGCAAAUGAGCAGACUGAAAAGCCUUCCCAGUCCUCAAAGGGAGUGUCUCUUUGGUCUGGUGCCUCUCAAUUCACCCCAGUUGAAAGCUUCGUUCAUAAGGCCAAGUGCAUAUCUCUCAGUGACCUUUGCAAGGUGAAACAGGACAUGUUAUGCGUUACUGUUGGAACAACACAAAGGUUUUUUGUCUCAGAACACGGUUGGUUUUAUUAUGGAUGUACUAAAUGUUCUUUAAAGGCAUCUGAUGUGAACAAUCCAUACAAAUGUUCAUGCGGACAGAAUGUAGAAUAUGCCAUACCAAGGUAUCGAGUUGACAUAUAUGUAGUUGAUGGUGAAUCAAAAUUUCGCUUUGUGUUUUGGGACACUGACUGUGCCGACAUUAUUGGAAAGUCUACUGAUAGUAUUUAUAAAGCAAUGCUUGAGGAAGGUGACGACGACCCUAUGAUAUAUCCAGAUGAACUUGACAUGCUUCUUGGUAAAAAAAUGGCGUUUAGGGCUAAAGUUCAGCCAACAUUUGGCCAAGCAUCUGUUUGGAAACUUUCCUAUGAUGAAGAAUUUGUAAAGGAAAUUGAGAAAGAUUAUAUUAUUGAUGAAGAGUCGUUGUCUGCAUACGGAGAAAAUGAUCCUGAUAAAGUUGUGACCAAUACUUCAUCUAAAGGAAGUCCCGUUAAUCUUGAUGCUGUAGAUUCUGAAUUUCAAGCCUAUGGUACUACUCAACUUUCAGGAACAAAGCCUUCAAAGAAAAUUAAGAUUGAAUCCGAUGCCUGA